UUUCGGUUCAUUCUUCUUCACGUGUUGAAAAUGGCGGACGCAAUGCAGGCAUUCAACAACGUUCCACCACCGCCAGGGCCUCCUGUAGAUGCCAAUUCGGCCUUCGCUGACGCACUAAAGAGAGCAAAGGAGAUUGCGGCACGUAUGGGAUCGAGUAGCGCUGCGGCAGCUGAGGCUUCGGCGGAACAAGAAAUCAGUAAGAAAAGACCGUACGAGCUUGACGUUUUAGGUGGUGGGGAAGAGAUUCCUGCGAAGAAACCAGCAACCGAAGUGAGCAUGGAUGGAAAAGAUCCAAAAUCAAUAGCUAUGCAAGUGGCUGCAAGCCUAGCACAGAGAGCUGGACUUGGGUCAUUAGUUUCAGAAGACAUGAAGAUCCCCAACAAAUUUGUUGGAUUAAUCAUUGGACGUGGUGGAGAACAAAUCAAUAAAUUACAGUCAGAAACUGGUGCCAAAAUACAAGUUGCCCCAGACCCUCCCCCUGGGCAGAUAGCACCUCCAGAUCGACAUGUAUCCAUUAAUGGAACACAACAAGCCGUAGAGAAGGCAAGGAAUUUGUUAAAUAGGAUAUGCGAAGAAGGGAAGAUUCCAGAAUCUUUGGUAAGGAUAUUUGAGUGCUCUUUUUGUGUUGUGUGCUUCAUGUUUCAUCCAGCAGUUUGUUUGAACAAACUGUGUAACAUGAACAAUAUACCUGUUUUUCUUUGUAGAGCUGGACUUGGGUCAUUAGUUUCAGAAGACAUGAAGAUCCCCAACAAAUUUGUUGGAUUAAUCAUUGGACGUGGUGGAGAACAAAUCAAUAAAUUACAGUCAGAAACUGGUGCCAAAAUACAAGUUGCCCCAGACCCUCCCCCUGGGCAGAUAGCACCUCCAGAUCGACAUGUAUCCAUUAAUGGAACACAACAAGCCGUAGAGAAGGCAAGGAAUUUGUUAAAUAGGAUAUGCGAAGAAGGGAAGAUUCCAGAAUCUUUGAUGUCAUUACCAGUUGUUGCUCCUGGUGAACAAGUCAUUGAAAUGAUGAUACCAGCUAGUAAAGUUGGACUCAUCAUAGGUAAAGGAGGUGAAACCAUCAAGGCUCUUCAGGAGAGAGCUCAGUGCCGAAUGAUGAUGGUUCAGGAUGGGCCAUAUCUUAAUGCGCCUGAGAAGCCCCUCAGGAUAAUGGGAGACUCUAUGAGAGCACAGCGAGGAAGGGACCUGGUUCAGGACUUGCUAACUGAGAAGGAGCUUGAGGUCAGUGGCAACCCAACAAACAGGAACUGGCAGUUUCUUUCAGUCAUUGGACGUGGUGGAGAACAAAUCAAUAAAUUACAGUCAGAAACUGGUGCCAAAAUACAAGUUGCCCCAGACCCUCCCCCUGGGCAGAUAGCACCUCCAGAUCGACAUGUAUCCAUUAAUGGAACACAACAAGCCGUAGAGAAGGCAAGGAAUUUGUUAAAUAGGAUAUGCGAAGAAGGGAAGAUUCCAGAAUCUUUGAUGUCAUUACCAGUUGUUGCUCCUGGUGAACAAGUCAUUGAAAUGAUGAUACCAGCUAGUAAAGUUGGACUCAUCAUAGGUAAAGGAGGUGAAACCAUCAAGGCUCUUCAGGAGAGAGCUCAGUGCCGAAUGAUGAUGGUUCAGGAUGGGCCAUAUCUUAAUGCGCCUGAGAAGCCCCUCAGGAUAAUGGGAGACUCUAUGAGAGCACAGCGAGGAAGGGACCUGGUUCAGGACUUGCUAACUGAGAAGGAGCUUGAGGUCAGUGGCAACCCAACAAACAGGAACUGGCAGCAAAACAUGCCUGGAUUGGACUACAAAGGAAACCGACAUGAUUUGCCAAGAAAUCAACCUGGAAUGCAACAAUUAGAGGUUCCUGUUCCACGAGAUAUUGUUGGUUUUGUUAUUGGAAAGAGUGGUGAAACAAUCAAAAGAAUACAGGCAGAAACUGGAGCAAAAGUGCAGUUUAAUAUGAAAGAUAACUCAAAUGCACCUGAUCGAAUGGCAUCUGUCCAGGGAACACCAGAGCAGGUCCAGAAAGUUCAGAGCAUGAUUCAAGAAAUCAUAGAGCAGUCUCGGCAGCGAGGAGGUCCACCUCCCAGGGGUCCACCCGCCAACAUGCCUGGAAUAACCUCUGUUGAAUACCCAGUACCAGGAAAUAAGUGUGGACUUGUCAUUGGAAAAGGAGGGGAAACCAUCAGAGGGAUAAUCAAGGCAUGUGGUGCACACGUGGAAUUAAACAGAUCAAUUCCUGAAAGUUCUCCAACAAAGUGCUUUAUCAUACGAGGUACAGAUCAACAGAUACAACACGCCCAACAAUUAAUCAGGGAAAAGAUUGAAGGUGAGAGAGGAGGUGGAGGGAAUAAUUACAACCAAGGACAAAACUGGAACCAACCUGGCUGGAACCAGCAACCACAGCAGCAGCAACAACAGCAGCAACAAGGGGGCUGGUCACAGUAUGGUCAGUAUGGACAGCAGCAGCAACAAUUUGGUCAGCAGCCUCAACAGCAACAACCCCAGCAAUAUGGCCAGCAACAGCAGCAGUAUGGCCAGCAACAGCCUCCUCAGCAACAAGGCCAGCAGCAAGGCCAACAGCCAGGUCAAGCCCAAGGGCAGGCAGAUUAUUCUGCAGCAUGGGCAGCUUAUUAUCAACAGUUUUACCAACAGCAGGCUGCAGCAGCUGCAGGACAAGCAGCACCAGGUCAGGGAGGCCAGCCUGAUUACACCCAAGCCUGGGCAGAAUACUACAGACAGCAGGGUUAUUACUACCCCUAUCAGCAACCUGGACAACCACAACAACCUGGGGUACCAGCCCAACAACCACAGCCACAGCCACAGGGACCCCCAGGGGGACAGCCAGGAGGACCCCCAGGGGGACAGCAGGGACAACAGCAGUAGAACUGUCAACUGUCAAGGAAGAUGACGAUGUGUGACGGGAACGCUGUUUUUACGAAGAUCUCUUUUAUAACAAGGAUUUUGGUGUUCUUCACAUUAUAAUGAUUUUGUUAUAGGUCUUUGAUCCAAAAAUUAUAUCGUGUAUAAUAUUUGCAUUUUUAGUUUGCCUAUAUAGACUGUAGUGCUGCAUUUCUAUUAUAUUUAUGUUAGUAUUUUGUAAACAUUAUCUAUCAAGUCACAGGAUUUGACGUAGAGUAAAAACCACUGGGCAUAACAUUAAAGAACACAUUUCAUUUGUUGUGUGCAUUUGUUAUUUUGCAUCAAAUGACUUCACUUGCAGACACCUGCAGGCUCUCAUUGGAGGAUAAAGCCAUUAUGGAGUUGUCCCGGGAACAGGGCUCUAAUGGUGUAAAAUGUAUAUAAAAUCUGAUUGUAACGGGAUUAAUUAGAAAUAAUGCAUAAUUUAUCUCUUAUAGUCUGAUACUUAAAUCUUCAAAUAUUAAACAUGUUUACAGACUAAAUAGUUCACCUAACGAAUGCUUGUUAUACAUUUGAAGUUCUUGUACAUCUUUUCUAUUGUACCCUCAACAAAGAAGCAUUUGGAUGCUA